CCUCAUCUCUUCCCCUCCUCCACAUUCUUUCGCCUGAGCCCGACAUCAUGGUCAAAGACACCAAGUACUACGAGUGCCUGGGGGUUGAUCCCGCGGCUACUGAAGCCCAGCUGAAGAGCGCCUACAAGAAGGGUGCCCUGAAGUUCCACCCUGACAAGAACAAGAACAACCCCGAUGCCGCGGAGAAGUUCAAGGAGCUGUCGCACGCCUACGAGAUUCUUUCUGACCCCCAGAAGCGUCAAAUCUACGACCAAUAUGGUGAGGAGGGCCUGGAAGGCGGCGGUGCCGGUGGUGGUAUGAACGCCGAGGACCUGUUCUCUCAGUUCUUCGGCGGCGGCGGUGCUUUCGGCGGAAUGUUCGGCGGUGGCAUGCGCGACACCGGCCCCAAGAAGGCUCGCACCAUUCACCACGUGCACAAGGUUAACUUGGAGGAUAUCUACCGUGGUAAGGUCUCCAAGUUGGCUCUGCAGAAGUCCGUCAUCUGUUCCGGCUGUGAGGGCCGCGGUGGCAAGGAUGGUGCCGUCAAGGAGUGCACUGGCUGCAACGGUAGCGGUAUGAAGACCAUGAUGCGCCAGAUGGGUCCCAUGAUCCAGCGCUUCCAGACUGUCUGCCCUGACUGCAAUGGUGAGGGUGAGAUCAUCCGGGAGAAGGACCGCUGCAAGAAGUGUAACGGCAAGAAGACCGUUGUCGAGCGCAAGGUGCUGCACGUCCACGUCGAUAAGGGUGUGCGCGACGGCCACAAGAUCGAGUUCCGCGGCGAGGGUGACCAGAUGCCCGGUGUCAUGCCUGGCGAUGUUGUCUUUGAGAUUGAGCAGAAGCCCCACGCUCGCUUCCAGCGCAAGAACGACGACCUCUUCUAUCAAGCCGAGAUCGAUCUUCUGACCGCUCUUGCCGGCGGCAGCAUUCACAUUGAGCACCUCGACGACCGGUGGUUGACCGUAAACAUCGCCCCUGGCGAGGUUAUCGUUCCUGAUGCCAUCAAGGUCAUCCCCGGUCAGGGUAUGCCCUCCUUCCGCCACCACGACUUCGGCAACCUUUACAUCAAGUUCGACGUCAAGUUCCCCGAGAAGGACCAGCUGCAGAACCUCGAGCUGCUCGAGCAGGUUCUGCCCCCUCGCUCGCAGCAGAACCAGCCCCCAGCGGAUGCGAUGGUCGAGGACUUUGAGCUCGAGGAUAUUGAUGCCAACGAGAACUCUCAGGCACGCGCCCACGGUGCCGCCGGCUCCGCCAUGGAUGAGGACGAUGAUGACGUUCCUCCCGGUGCCGAGCGCGUGCAGUGCGCCUCGCAGUAA